UUUGGUUUGACCACCACUGCAAGUAUUCUUCACUUGCCAUCCCUUUACUUGUGGAGUAGUCUGAAUCUCCCUCUUUCUCCGUCUGUUUCAUAAUCCUCGGAUCCACAGCUUGUUCCAGCUAGUUACCAAAUGUCUGCAACUCGACGUAGCUGACAUGUUCCGCCUUGAAUGGCCUGUGCACGAACCUUCGUAUCAAUCACAACUUAGAUGCUUGGGCUUUGCGCGUUGACCAUGGGAUGUGGCUGCUAGACAAAUAUUGUUGAGUGGCAUGAUUGCGAGACCACUCAUCAAAACGCCACCUGUACACACCUCUCAGAGCACAAAUAGUCCAGCAUAGAAGAUUUCUGUACACGAGGGCUGUGCGACACGCCUUGAAAUCCCCGCAUGCCGAUCGCCUCUUCUAAUCCCAGAACACGAUAUUCGCCUUAUCCUGCUGAAUACGAGUCAACAGUUGAAAAUGAUGUAGGGAAUGAAACCAUCACAGCUCAUAGGUCUGAAAGUCGUGACAGAGAAGGCGAAAACGAAGCACGAUUCGCGUCACAGGUUUUCCUCUAUGUCUGUGCAAACUCGAGCCUGCCCUCGUUUUUCGGCUCCUUCUCAAAUCCUUCGAGUGCCCAUAGAGGCGAUGAGAUACCCCAGUUCCCACCAUCUCUAUCUCGGAGCUCUAGAAGCAGAUUCAAUCCUGGUCUUAACUUCCCGUUUUCCCUAGACCGUCUCCCUCCUCCCCACACUCCGUCUCGACAGCCCCAACGUUUUUGGACUAACGAUGCUCAUUUUGCACCUUCAACUUCCUUCCGUUUUCCCUCUUCAACCAUCGAUUUGCCCCCGGAACUCAACUCCACCGGUUUCCCUCAAAGACGCCUAUUAGAUUUUGAUGGGCAAACACACAGAACUCAUUCGUACUUCUAUGCCUAUUCACCAACAGAGGUCACAGCGGAUCGGUGUAGCAAGAUUCGCGAAAUCACUAGCCCAUCAAAAGUUGAAGUCCCUGGAGAACGGUACGGACCAUCGAUAUGCGUAUGUGGUCGUGGCCAUAGCCAGGAAAAUAUAGAGGACUAUGACUUGGAAAGGAUCUUACGCACUUACGACGAUGAAGAGAUAGAUGUGAACUUGGAAGUGUUUGAAGAUGAGCCUGUCGUGUUGACGCCUGCUGGCGAGGUCUAUUACCACAAAUACGAGUUGUCGGAUGACAAUACUUCCCUCCUCGACGCAUCAGGAGAUCCCGAUGAGAGGGAUUCUGGCGCCUUGGACUUGGACCUAGGCCCGGACAACGAGGUUUCCACUUCACCUCUAUCGCUGACCGUGACACCGUUAAGACACCUCUUUCCGCUUGGAUUAGUGGAUAAGUCAGAGUCACGGAUGUUGUGGAAUAGGGAAACCUCCGACCAAGAAGCGGCUUUUCAGGGAUUGGAAGCGAUUUCCACUUCAACUCCAUCGCUGACCGCCGUUACUCCCUCAGGACAUCUCUUUCCACUUGAAUUAGUGGAUGGGUCAGAGUCAGGGAGGUUGAGUGGGGGAAACUCCGAUCAAGGAGCUCGAGCUCUUCAGGGAUUGAAACGCAGAAACAGUACUGUAGUGGCAGAAAGAGCGGUUAAACGAGCUCGGCGCGGUCGAGCGAAAGCUGUGGGUAGAACAGAGCGUGGGACACAAGGCGGUAGUUCCAUUGUCAGCGGUGAAUCUCAGAGUCAACCUCAAAGUGUUCGCUGUGGUCAGAAAAGGCGGAUUGCACCAAAAGGAGCCCGUGAUGCACGCGUACCAGUCGCAUGACCAAAGAAUUCAGAUGUAGUGGCGGGUAUUGUUUGAAGAGAAGAAGUAGAAUUUAAGACCGAUUUUAAUAUCGCGAUGUAUUAUCAGUUGCAUGGAAAGAAUAGUGUAUCAUUGCCGA